CCCAGACAGAUCGUCUCUGAUUCUGGUCUUGGUCCCUUGCCUCUUGCUUCAACAGUGCUUGAACGGAGCAGGGUCUUGGCCGCCCCAUCCAUCCCUCCAUCCUCACAACCUUCUGCCUUGUUUAGACUUCAUCCUUUCUGCACCAUGAGCUCCCAGAUCCGCCAGAACUACCACACUGAGAGUGAAGCCGGAGUGAACCGCUUGGUCAACCAGUUCCUCCAUGCCAGCUAUAAGUACCUCUCCUUGGGGUUUUACUUCAACCGGGAUGAUGUGGCUCUUCCUAAGUUCUACUCCUUCUUCCAUCACCUGUCUGAGGAGAAGCAUGAACAAGCUGAGAAGCUCUUGACCUUCCAAAAUCGCCGUGGGGGUAGAGUUGUCUUGCAGGACAUCAAAAAACCAGAGCAGGAUGAAUGGAAGAAUGGCGCUGCAGCCAUGGAGGUUGCCCUUAAUCUGGAGAAGAGUGUGAACCAAGCUCUGCUGGACUUACACCAGGUGGCUUCCCGCCAUACUGACCCCCAUCUGUGUGACUUCCUGGAAACGCACUACCUUGAUGAAGAAGUGAAACUGAUCAAGAAGCUGGGAGACCACAUGACCAACCUGAAGCGUGUGCGUGCCAGUGAGGAAGGCCUGGGUGAAUACCUCUUUGAUCGCCUCACCCUGGGCGAGUCCAGCGACUAGACGUCCUGGCUCCUUUGUGACUCCUGCAGCCUUGUCCAAAAGAGUUUUGUUUAGCUUGUAACCUGGCUACUCAUUAUAUAAAAGGUCUGUACCCUUGCCUGUUUUGUGCAUGUGGUGGAGUCUGUAACUGGCAUUAAAUAAACUUGGCAUUAAGCACUA